AUGGGGUUCCGGAGGUUACGGGAUAUGAACCUAUCACUACUGGGUAAACAAGCAUGGAGGCUGCUUACACAACCGAACUCCCUUAUGAGUCGAAUUUACAAAGCCCGUUACUUCCCUAAUUCGACUUUCUUUGAUGCUACGCUGGGAAGUAAUCCAUCGUUUAUUUGGAGGGGGUUGGUGGAAGUCCAGGACAUUGUGAAGAUGGGUAGCCACUGGUGUAUUGGUGAUGGUAAAUCAACGAGAAUAGGCUGUGAUCCCUGGAUGCCAGAUGUUGGUAAUCCCCACGUGGUUACGCAACUACACGAAUCAGUAAGCAUGGCUCCAGUUUCUUCCCUUAUGAAUGAGCAUGGCACAGCCUGGGAUGUGGAUUGUGUGGAGGAUGUUUUUGAAGAGAGAGAUGCUAGGCUUAUUUUAAGCAUUCCGAUUAGUUGCAGGAAGCCACCAGAUGCGUGGACUUAG